AUGUGUGGCUUCGGUGACAAAGACCGUCGUCCAAUAGACCCUCCUCCUGUUAUUAAACUUUUGGUGUCUACUACUGAUGGAACUCCUGUACUUGGAAGUUCUAUUGACAAUUCUACGAUGGUUGUUCUUGCUGGAUUAUGGUCCGAGAAUCGUAGGGAAGAACGUAGUCUUGUAAUUAAUCCUUCGUCUAUACCCGUCGAACAGUCUUCUGGCCCGAGCUCAGGUAUCAUGACAUUGAACGCGCCAUUAAGCACACGGAAUCUUAUGGGUCAUUGUACUUCAUCCGCAUAUUUGCUCAAUGAUCAUACGAAUCAAUUAGGAAUUUUUUUUAUAUUUCAAGACUUGUCUGUUAGGACUGAAGGUAGCUUUACCUUGAAAUUUUCGUUCUGCGACGUUAGGGAAUUAAUGCAACAAUCACAAAACGGAUUCACAAGUACUGAUAUUCAUGGAAACGUAGCGGCUGAGGUGUAUAGCUCUUCUUUCAGAGUAUAUUCCGCAAAGAAAUUCCCGGGUAUGACAGAAUCGACUGCGCUUUCUAAAGCUUUCGCUACUCAGGGAAUUAAAAUUCCAAUUCGUAAGGAAGUUCGCUAUCAGAAAGCGAAUGAAGAUUUACUUAAUCAAACAAAUGAAAGCACUACUUCCUCAGUUACAUAUAAUGUCUCUAAUAAUGCUUCUAAAGGCAAUGAUCAUGAAAGUUAUACCGAAGAAGACCGGGAACUCUCUGGAAAUGGUACUGAUGUAUUUUUCGAUACUGCGCAAGAGAAGGAAAAAAUCAGUUUAAAAUGGCACGGCAAAUCUAAUUAG